AUGCCCUUCCUAACCAAGAUAGUACUAGUACUCAUACAACUUUGUGUAUUACUAGCUGUUAUAAAGGGAGAAAAUCAAAAGACCAAUAGGCUCAAUGGGCUCAAUGCGCUCAACGGGCGCAUUUACUUCGCAAUAGCGGCCGCUCCGAGCGCCCAGGGCUACUCUAGGGCGUUCAAUAAAACAAUAAUGAACAUAACCUCCAACUAUUUAAUGGGAAAGAGCGGAAAAAUCGGAUUCAAUAUCAGUCUGGAAACCAUAGUGAUCGAUCUGCCGGAAAAUGGAAGUUUUAGUGCCGUUUUGUUGGAGGAAGUUUGCGAGAAGUUGGAGGGGAAACGCGUCGUGGCUGUUUUGAUUAUCGGUAGUUCCCCGGCGGCGUUUACCGUUUCGUUAACGGCCAAACAUUCGGGGAUUCCCGUGCUGUGGGCCAGAGGGUAUGGACAAUUUUUGCCAGGAUUUCGGAGUUUGGAAUCCAGCCCUCUGGAAGUUGAUUUAGCGGCCAGGGGUCGCGAGCUCGUCCAAGCGAUACGAGGCCUCCUGCUGCAGGCCCACUGGCACACUUUCACCGUUUUGGCGGCCGACCAGGCAGCGGCGACGGCCUUGCGCCGCCCCGAACUCUGGCGGACGCUCGAUUCGACGCCCUUACAUCCGACGCUGGUCGCCCUACCGUCGCCCGUCAGCCCUCAGACGCUCUUCAGAAAAUUAGCCGACAUUUCCAGGUCCACCAGGGGAGUGGUAAUCCUGCUGAGCGACCGCGCCAGCUGCAAAAAGAUCCUCGAAGACGCGAAGCGCCUCAACAUGAUGGACGGUCAUUUCGUCUGGGUGUGGAUCGACACGGUGGAGACGGCGCCGUCGAGAAACGUCUCUAAUCCACCGGACGACGAUAAAGAGAAAGACAAAAGGGAAGACGAGCGGCCGAUGAGAAGAAGAAGUGACACAACCGAUGAUUAUAACUCAAUUCUAGAGGACCAAGACGACUGGGACGGAAGAGCGAGCGCGUCGAGUCUACGGGAUGACGUCCAUACGAAGCGCAGCGUUCCGGAAAAACCCGACAUAAGUGACGUGAACGUGAACUAUCUGCUGAGAAACGACCAGUCGUUGUUGUUCAACAACCAAAACUAUGGGGUGAAAGUUUCGAAAUUUCGGUAUCGGUCCCGGUUGGAUGCGGCAUACGGCGGGGGCGGCGCGGGCGAUAAAUUGCCGCCGGGGUUGCUUAGCGUUAGACCGCUUCCUGUGAAAGUGGAUAGACAUUUGGUCAAAGGUGCUGUGAGAUUGCUGGUUCACACAUUAAAGCAGGUGCUCGGCCAGAGUCCCGCGUGGAUGUUGGAUAAUCUGCUCAAUGCGCAGAAUAACGGUUGUUGGAAGAACAACGGCAGAGAAAUUAGUUUCAUCAGCGAAUUUGCCAGGGAAUUGAAAACAGCUUGUUCCAAUGCCUUAGCAGGAAAAAAAUUCACACAAGAAAUUGGCGUUGACAAAGUGGACAAAUCAUUAGUUGCGAAUUUCGAAAUUCUUAAUUUAGUUCCUGAACCUAGUAUUUACGUUAACAAAUCUGAUGCACCAGAUAAUUUGAGCGGGUCUUCCCCGACGAAGGUCAAAUGGAAACGAGUCGGGAUGGUAUCGGGCCGUUCCGUCCGUUUGGACACAAUCAUUUGGCCGGGCGGAGACCUGUCCGUAGCCGCCGUUUCGUCCCGAGCCCGAACCGUCUUCAGAGUGGUCACCGCUUUGUCGCCCCCUUUCGUAAUGGAGAGCGAACUGGACGAGGACGGGCAGUGCUUACGAGGUCUUCCUUGUCAUCGAGUCCUCACAUCGGACAAGGACAAUCUGACGCUGGUGUUCAACGAAAUGCAGCGGCUGGAAGAAGAAGAGGACGAUGCGGAGAACAAAAAUACGCAAUACGCCGAUUACGAGCGAUUCGCGAGCGAUUACGACGACGAUCAACAGUUUUUCCCGUUCCAAAAGUUCAAGUACAGAACUAAUUGUUGUUACGGCUUGGCGAUGGAUUUAUUGGAGAACGUUGCCCAAGAGUUGGAAUUUGAUUUUCGAUUGUAUAUAGUUGCAGAUGGACUAUUUGGCUCGAGGACGAUCAAGAAAAAGAGCAAAAGAAGCGAGAGAGAUGUGGGAAAGAAAUUUUUAAGUUACAGGUUCAAAGACGGCCGGAGUAAAACCGACCGCAUCAAGGAAUUGAAUCCGGACGAGUUCGACAUCAAAUGGAACGGCAUCGUGGGCGAUUUAGUCUCGGGGGCGGCGCACAUGUCCUUCGCUGCGCUCAGUGUCUCCAGCAUCCGCAGCGAGGUGAUCGACUUCAGCGUGCCGUACUUCUUCAGCGGGGUCAGCUUCCUGGCAGCGCCUCAGCAAAAAUCCGAGAUACCGCUCAUGGCGUUCCUCCUGCCCUUCUCCCCGGAACUCUGGAUAGCUAUUUUUACAAGUUUAAAUAUAACUGCAAUAGCGGUCGCCAUUUACGAAUGGCUGAGCCCCUUCGGUUUGAAUCCUUGGGGCAGGCAGCGAUCGAAGAACUUCAGCAUGAGCUCCGCGUUGUGGGUGAUGUGGGGCCUUCUGUGCGGGCAUCUAGUCGCAUUCAAGGCGCCGAAGAGCUGGCCCAACAAAUUCCUAAUUAACGUUUGGGGCGGAUUUUCUGUUAUUUUCGUGGCCAGUUAUACAGCUAACAUUGCAGCCUUGAUAGCGGGAUUAUUUUUCCACAACACCGUCAGCAAUUACCACGAUAGAAGUCUUCUUAGCCAAAAAGUUGGAGCCCCUAGGUCAUCGGUUGCGGAAUAUUACGUGCAAAAAGCUAAUCAAUUACUGUGGCAGCACAUGCACAAAUACUCCUUAAACAGCAUAGAAGAAGGCGUACUGAAAUUGAGAAACGGCUCGUUAGACAUCCUCAUUGCGGAUACUCCCAUCCUGGAUUAUUAUCGGGCGACCGAUCACGGAUGCAAAUUGCAAAAAAUCGGCGAUACCAUUAACGAGGACGCCUACGCCAUCGGAAUGACCAAGGGAUUUCCACUAAAGGACAGUAUAUCGGCGGUAAUAGCGAAAUACUCCAACAACGGUUACAUGGACAUCCUGCAGGAGAAAUGGUACGGGGGUCUGCCUUGUUUCAAAUUGGCCACGGAAAUCGCGCAGCCCCGGCCGUUGGGCGUCGCCGCCGUGACCGGCGUCUUCAUCCUCCUGGGAGUGGGAAUGGCGCUGGGGCUGCUCAUUCUGUUGGUGGAGCAUCUCUUUUUUCGGUACACUUUGCCGAUUUUGAGGGACAAGCCCAAAGGGAGCAUUUGGAGGAGCAGAAAUAUCAUGUUUUUCAGUCAGAAAUUAUAUCGAUUCAUCAAUUGCGUGGAAUUAGUUUCGCCUCAUCACGCCGCCAGGGAAUUAGUCCACACCAUUAGACAAGGACAGAUAACCAGCUUGUUCCAAAAAAGCAUCAAAAGGAAGGAACACGAACAGCGUAGGCGUAGAAAGUCUAAAGCGCAAUUUUUCGAAAUGAUUCAAGAAAUACGAAGCACGAUCCGUAGGCAACAACAAGAGGAACGAGAGCCGCCCCUGGAAUCGGUGACCGAGGUCGAUGCGGAGAACCAACAGUCUCCGGAAGAAAAAAAAUCAAAACUAAGCCCCAGCAUAAUCAGGAGAACGUUCCUGAGGUCCAGCCCCAAGGCCGACAAUGGAAACAAAUCCAAAUCUCCGACUACCUACUUCAAUAAGCAACUAUUCAGUCCCAGAUCGAAAAGCAGAAACAAAAGCACCACCAAUCUUAACGUAAGAAGAUUCAGUACCGAUUCCGUAUUUAACUCAACCAGUCCGGGCAAAGAAGAUUAUUGCACCGUGGUCGGGAGGAGAUUAAGCAAAGACGCGUCCGCUUUUCUAUCGAGCUCCCCGCCUGACAUAAACAGCAGAAGAUCCAGUUACUUGGACAUCAUCAGCUCCGGGUCGAAACUGGCGGGAAAAAGUCCGAUUUUGUCCAUCGAAAACCUGUCGGAUUGCAGCAAAUACUCGGAACCUAUGCGCAAACUGUCCGAUUCCGAGUCGAUUGGUAAGAAGCUCGCCACUCUCCCCAGAUACCAACAGGAUUCUUUCGACAAGCACAAAUUGCUCCAACCCCAAUACAGCUUGACGCUGGGAAGGAGCGAUGAAGCUCUGAAUAGCGUCAGUAAAUCGGACACCGUCGGACAAACGAGGAGCUUCAAUAACAUAACUCGUCCGGACCUCAAUGAGAAGAGCAAUUUAUCCGACGACGAAAUAGCUAGGAGGAAUAGAGAAACAAUUAUUCAAUUACAGAGCACGGCGAUAAGGAAUCCCAAACCGCCGUUGAAACGAACUAAAGACAAUAAUUCGAAACCUAGCUCUAGCUUAACCAACCCCCAAAUUCGAAUACAAGUAGAAGAUACCUCAGAGCACGAUACUCGCCACCCUCCGCUCAGUAAAAAACCGAAAACGAGACAUGAAAGCCUAGGGGACGCGGCCGGACCUUCCGAAACCAACACCAGCAAACGAAAUAGGUUAACGGACCAGUCGCGGUCCCUGGACAGCGCCAAUCCGAACUCCUCGGACCGCCGCCGGCGACGAUCGGGUUCCAGAUCGAAGUCGCGGGAGGAGGAUUUGCCGCCGGCGCCGCCGCCUCCGAAUUGCUCGCCGCGGAACUCCGACGGCCGGUCGCCGCUGGAGCGGCUGUCCAAGGACGAGCUGGUGCUGCUGUGGAGGAGCUCCGAGUCGGAGCUGCGGAGCCACCUGCUGAAGGCGCUGCGCGACAAAGAGGACGCCGCCGAGCCGCCUUGA